GACAGAUUGCGGUGUGACGUUGGGCUGUGAGAGCAGAAAUGGAGAAUCCAGAAUUGAUCAUCAACUCGACUCCCGAAGAGGUUAAGUCUUCUCUGUUCAAGAAAGAUGAUAGUUUCCUGUAUGACCCUUCUUUUGAGGAUCAGCUUAGAAGAAAACUGAAAUUUUUUUUUAUGAAUCCAUGUGAAAAAUUUCAAGCUCGUGGUCGCAAACCAUGGAAACUGGGAGUCCAGAUCCUAAAGAUAGCUAUGGUCACUCUUCAGUUAGUUCUAUUCGGAUUGAGCAAUCAAAUGGUGGUCCUCUUCAAACAGGAGAACACUAUAGCUUUUAAGCAUCUCUUUCUAAAAGACUAUGUAGAUAAAUCUGAUGGCGCUAAUAACGACUGUGUUGUAUACACUCAGCAUGAUGUCUAUGAAUAUCUUUCUUUUGUAAUCAGUCAGUACAUUCAGUUGCACAACAUAUCUGUUGGCAAUCAUGCUUAUGAGAGGAGAGGGAGUCAUGUGGCACCUUUAACAGUCUGUCAGUACUUUUACAAGAGGGGAAGUGUUAGCCCUGGAAAUGAGACUUUUAACGUUGAUCCAAAGAUUGAGACAGAUUGCUUUAAUAUUGUGCCAUUAGUGCCCAUGCAUAAUGGAUCUUUGAAUGAUGAGCUGAAUUUGACACUGGAUUUCCAUAGGCUCUUGAUGGUACAAGUUGGAUUUAAACUGAAGACAAUCAACCUGCAAACAAUCCGUCGCCAUGAACUGCCAGACUGUUAUUAUUUUAGUAUUAUGAUUACGUUUGACAAUAAAGCACACAGUGGAAGAAUUGAAAUAAAUUUGGACAAUGAUGUUUCCAUAAGAGAAUGCAGAGGCUGGCAUAUAGCUGGAGCUGCACAAAGGAAAACUAACUUCAAGAUGACCUUUGAUGCCUUUAUCAUUCUGGUUUGUUUGACAUCACUAAUUCUCUGCACCCGUUCUGUUAUAAAGGGAAUAAAGCUGCAACAAGAGUUUGCUUACUUCUUCAACCUUCGUUACAAUAAGAAUGUGACCUGGUCUGAGCGAAUGGAAUUUGUGAAUGGCUGGUACAUCUUGAUCAUUGUUAGUGACUCGUUGACGAUUACUGGAUCUGUACUAAAAAUAGAAAUAGACGCAAAGAGUCUUGCAUCUUAUGAUGUUUGCAGUAUAUUGCUGGGGACGUCAACUUUGCUUGUUUGGGUUGGAGUCAUCCGCUACUUAGGUUUUUUUGAAAAGUACAAUGUUCUUAUUUUAACACUUCGAGCAGCUUUUCCUAAUGUCAUUCGAUUUUGCUGCUGUGCAGCUAUGAUUUACUUGGGUUACUGUUUCUGUGGAUGGAUCGUAUUAGGACCUUACCAUGAAAAGUUUCGCUCUCUGAAUGUGGUCUCCGAAUGCCUUUUCUCUCUAAUCAAUGGGGAUGACAUGUUUGCAACAUUUGCAGCAAUGCAGGAGAAAAACUAUAUUGUGUGGCUGUUCAGCAGGAUCUACCUGUCCACCUUCAUCAGUCUCUUUAUUUAUAUGGUUUUGAGCCUCUUUAUUGCUCUCAUCACUGAUGCAUAUGAAACUAUAAAGCUUUACCAAAAGGAAGGCUUUCCACAGUCUGAUUUACAUAACUUCAUGGCAGAAUGCAAAGACCUACCAGAUUCUGGCAGAUUCAGACUAGAAGAGGAGAUGCCUACAUCUCUCUACUGCUGUUGUAAUGGGUUUAAUAAAAUGGAAAGUGGACCAUGUAACUGAAUGGAACGGGAGAAGGAAAACUUGAGUUCUUGUACUCUUUGAACGAUUUGUUUGUAUUCCUUCCUGCUGAAAAUGAGGAGAUUAAGCAUUGAAGCGCUUGCUGUAAAUCACAUGCUCUAAUUUGCACUGGAUAACAAAUCUAUGUUAAGGAUAAAUAGUGGUUCACAAGUAUUAAUGUAAAAAUGAAGUAGCCUAGAUAAGUCAAGCAAGCUGGUCUGGCCUAUGGUGAUGCCAUAUUUGGCUACGUUGACAUAAUGAGUAUUUCCUUAUACUAACCACGUGCUGCGCUGAUGUACCAUUUCUGCUUGAGAGUAAUACUGUAUUAACUUUAUAUUCUGGUUGGACUUUUAAUAUGUUGUGGCUUGGAUCAAAAUUAUUUAUUCUAAUCUUUUAAGGAUGCCUUUACCAGUAGCACAAUUAAGAAAUGCAAGUUUGUUUCUUAAAUAAAAGUAACCAGAUCAGUAAGCCAAUUGUUUUUUCUGAAAAGUGUGGCAAUGGAAUUUUAAAGCAUCGUCAAUUGCUUAAAAGUCUCACUGUGGAAUAGUAUUUCUAGUUGUAUCACUCCAUUAACAUGUAGAAUCUAACAAAUUGUAUGUAUACCUGAUCAUAACAGUGAAGGAUUUGAAACAAAUUGUUAAACUUGGACCAGUCUAACAAGUUUUAGAUUAACAAAGUGAUUUAUUUCAUGAUUGAUAAAAAAUGCAACAUAAAUCAAAGGAUCUUAAUCUUCAGAUGUGAAAUUAAUUAUUCUCCAUGUGUUUGAAUGAUUUAUUGUAUGUUCAAGUAAAAUGCUACACUGCUGAUUUUUUAAAACUAUAAUGCAAUUCACAAGGAAGUGUGUGGAAAUAAGGAAGUGAGCUAAUUAAGUUUUGAUGAUCACAUGUGAAUGUUCCGUACUGUGCUUCUGUUUGUCUUCUACUUCCGUUUCUAAUUCACUGAGGUGAAAGGAUCUCUUGAGAAAACAUUUUGCUUGCCUCACUCAACUUUGAGGGAUUUUCAAAUCCUUUUUGGAUGUCUUUAUAAAAUUGAAAGUAAUGAUUGGUUAAAGGAAGAACUUGACCAUGAAAAUUUUUAGUGCCACAAUGUAUCUGAUCUACAGUGUUUUGAAAUUGAUGAGAAAGUAAGAGCAAUAAACCUGCUUAGCCUACUCCAAACUGCAUAAACCAGGAGCUGCUUAUCAACUUUAAAAACUAAAUUACACUUUUAAAAUAGAAUUUUUAACUGAGGGCCGGAGUGGUUUCCUGAAAUUCUACCUGUAAUUUGUUCUUUCUUGCAACUGAAUGUGUAAUUCUUAAAUGGGUUCUGUUGCAAGAAGUUGGAAUAUAUUUUAUUAGCAUUGUCCUGUUUAAGCAACCCAAUCUAUGGAGGAAGGAUUAUUUUUGUACAGAAAUUGCAGUUGCUUAAACGCGUGUGUGCCAAUUGUUGCCCCCACCACAAAAGGUAACCUUUACCUUUCCUACAUGUGUAUCCAUUUCCUGCCCACAAUGACUUUAUUUUAAGUUGCAAAGAUUUUAUGUACUAUAAUCACAUAGCAGUUUACAAAAAGUGAGGGCUUCAUACCCUAUAAUGUAAAUACAUAAUUCUAUCUUGGAUUCUGGAUUUCUUCUCCCUUGCUACAUAAACUAAAAACAAGUCUGGUGCAAGUGUGCUGUAAAUAUGUGGUGAACUUUGUUUUAUAAUAGAACCAUAUAGGCACAGGGUGAGAAGUAAAAAUGUUUGAUAGGCAGAACCCAAGCAAUCAUUCUGUGAACACACUUUGGUUCUUCACUAUGUUGCAUGCAGCUUUGAUUAAGUAUCUCAGUAAUGGGAGAGAGCCAAUCUGUCCAAUGGCUACUGACGUUAAUGUUAAAUUGACUUGACAAUAGGAACUUUCUUUGUUUAGCUGAAACUUGUCCCAAACCUCUUGCUUCUCUGCUGAGUAAGAUAGCUAUGAUCAUAAAAGCAAUUGGGAUAUGUGCUUGUGUUAUGGACUUCAAUUCCACUCACUGUCAUACCACAGAACACUUUGAAAAAAAUAGAAUGAUUAAAGUUAACUGGAUUCACCCAUAAUUGGCAUAAUUGCUGUUUUUGAAACCCAACCCCAUCUUUACUCUCAAUCUAAGAUGAGUGUCAAAUUGAACUCACCCAAAUGAAACAUCUGAUUUUUGUUUUCAAUGAUUGUUUACCAUUAAAUUAUGUGGUUAGAAAAUGAUCCCAGUCCUUUUUGGCUUUUUUAAAAAAAUCUUUCAGAACACUAGUACAAAUAUACUGCAAAGAAUAAAAUGUAAAUUCUGUUUAGAUAAGAUAUUCUUUGCAGUAUUGUGAAAAGAUGUGAUCAAACAUCAGUUAGUAGAGGUCUCUGAUGAGUCAGAAGGCUGAGGGUUCAAGGCCCACAAUCAAAUGUAAGUAUUGUCGUUUAAUUCUGCAGCUAAACCCACACAUUUAACCUAUAUAAAAUGUUCUUUGUGCUUG